AUGAAGUGGCAGCCGUUGGACAGGGAGCUCAGCUUCGUUGGCACGUGGAACUGGCUUCCGCAAGAGGAGGAGGAGGAGCUUCUGGGACCGACCACGCUUGAUGAGGCUUUUCUAGAGCUCUUGGACCAGCAUCGGGAUGCCGGCGCUCAUGGCUGCUGGGAAUGUGCAGAGCUCCCUUCCAGCGCAGAAACUGCGAGCGCGGCUGAGAGCUUGGCGACGACGGCAGGAAGUGCUUCACCACUGCACUUCUUCAUUGGAGAUGAUGCGGAGAGUACAAGCAGUCUCAUGCGGUCACACAAGCUCGAGAGCUACAACAUCGCCAGCGACUGCGAGUCUUUGUGCCAAAGCUCUGUAAGUGUGGACUGCGAUGUUGAUUGGGAGGUGGGGCCCCUGGACCAAAGCUUUGAAGCCAGAGGCAGGCACCCUGACUCGGGCUUGUUCCUACCUGGUGGAGUCCACUUACAGCUGGAGCGAGAGGUUGUGAAGAGCGCGCCAAGCUCCCCAAUCUCGUGGGCAGUGGACAGUGAGUCUGAGGAACACGUGUCUAUACUGGUUGACUACUGGGCACAACGCAUCCUCGAAGAAAGUGAAAUGUGGAUGCGCUGGAUUCGCCAAGGACACGGAAUGCCAUCGCAGCUUCUGUGGGAAGCCUUGCUAGUGGAGCUUUGCCGGCUCGGGCAGAGAAGUCAAGCCAAGCACUAUCUCAUCGCUGGAGCUCUGCUCGGUUGCCGCCCCACUGACUGGACCAGACUGGCAAAGCUCUGUGGAGCAGAAGGUGCAGAGCCUGAGUCACUGGAACAGCUUGAGCCUGAGCAACCUGAGCAACCUGAGCUGCGACAAUCAGCCUCAGCAUCUUCCACCGAGUCGACCACGUGGGCAGGGACAUCCGCAAACAGGUUGGAGCCUGAGGGCAGUUCGGAUUUGCCCACAGCUGAAGAGACAUCGCCGAUGGGAGAAGCUGUGGGUGCAGAACGCCAGUAUUGUGCCGUUGGAGUGGACGAGCCAUUCAAGACACGCAUGGAGGAUAGGCAGGUCCUGGAGUUGGACAUGCUCCUCAGCCCCGCGCCCGCGCAUGUGGUGAACCAGACAGACCUUGUACAGGGAAACAGGCAGGCCAUCGCAACCAUGGCAACCAUGGCUGUGCCGGCUUUACCGCCCCCCAGUUCGGGGAAGACCGCUGGCCCGCCUUCAAACAUGCCACAGCGCAGCACCCUGGGUGACCAGGCGCAGCUUUUGGAGGAGCUCGGGCGAGCCGGGUACAUCCAAAAGCGCAUUCACCGCAAGCUACACAAGCAAGUAGCCCACAUGUGCGACCGUGAUCUCCUUAUGCUGGGAGAUUUAUGCUUCAACAAGCAGUUUGCAGAAGCCGAGAGGCUUCGAUGGCUUGCAGGGUGGGCAUCCGCAAGAGGCUGCUCCCCCUCUGAGUUAGGCAGCCAUGGCUCCUAA